AUGUAAGUUGACAAUAAUGUAGAAGAAUAAAAAAAGAAAAAAGAAAAAGAAGAAGAAGAAACAAAGGGAGCAGUGACAAUGAAAAGAAGACUCAUAGCUUCUUUUGAUCUUUUCUAAUUCAUGCCUGUUCCAAAGACAGAAAUGAUAUCUUCUAGAAGAAGUUUAUAUGGAAGUCUUCUUAUGAUAGGUUGUUUUUUAGCAUAUUUUAUUUAUACAUUAGUUGGUAUGUAUUAGCUAUGACUUUUAGCAUUUAUUACAAAUAAUAGUCCAACAGUAAAUUAAUACGAGGAAAUAUUAGAGGCCUUAAAUGUAACAUUACCAGAUAUAGCUUUUGGAUACUUUUUUGGAGAUCCGUAAAAAUUUAUAUUGAAUCAUAUUUUAGAUUUUCAAAAACUAUAAAUGAUCCUUCAAUCUUCUAUUUUGAAAUGUUUUAAGUCACUAAAUUUCAAGAUGUCUCAAAAAAAGAUGUAAGAACAUAAAUACCGUUAAAAUCUUGCAAUCCUGAUUGGAUUCCUGCAUCCAACUAUACAAUCUUAUGCCCUAGGUAAUAAUCAUUUAAUAUACCUCAGUGAGUCUGCAAAUAUGUCAGGAGCUCUAUAUCAAACUCAAAUAUUUACAUACCCAAGAAUUUAAGUGAAUUAUUGUACUCAAGGAGGCAAUUAAACUUGUUUAAAUUAACAAGAAAUUGCAUAGAUAGCUGCUGGGUAUAGAAUCUAUAUCUAAUUUAUCAAGUGGAAGAAUUUUAUUAUACAUUCGGGAUAAUUCACCAAAUUUCGAUCUUACAACUGGAAAUUCAAUAGAAAGUGUACCAUAUUCUACUUAUUAAUACUUUCUAAUGCCUGGGUUAUACCCUAGGACUGAAAUAUUCUUCUAAUUAGAGAAAUAUACAAUAAAGCCUGAUUUUUUAAGAAGGUGGUAAGAUGAUGUUAGAAUCUUCUUAAGUACAGAAAAAGUAAAUAGUUGGAUUACUAAUGUAAGUGUUUAUAAUUCUUACAAUGCAUAUUAAAUAGGAUUUAGAACAGAAUUGGUAUCAAAAUUAGAUUAAUUUUUAGACUCAAUAAAUUUCUAUUUUAACUUAUUAAACAUCAUUUGAUAUGAUUUCAAUUGUUGGUGCUUUUUGGGGAGUAUUGUAUUAUAAUUAUUAAUAUUUAGAUUCUCUCUUUUUGCUGCUUAUUUUUUAGUAUAUAAUCAAAAUACUUUUUAUAGAGAAAAUAAGUAAUGGGAAGAUUUUGGAAAAUAAAUUGGAGUCAAAAAAGCUUCUGAUCUCUUUAAUCUAACUGAAGAAGCCCCACAUUCAAAAGUCAAUGAUUCUAUUGUUUUUGAAAUGACUGAAAUUCAUCAAGAGAAUAACCAUUCUUAAAAUGAAUAGAGUGGUGUUUGA